AUGGAAAACGCAGACCCCUUCCUCCAAGUCCAAGCCGACGUCCUCUCGACCCUUCAGACCAGCAGGCCCCUCUUCUCCUCCUACCUACGCAUCAGAUCGACCGCCAAAUCCCCCACAAACCCGGAACUCCAACAAGCGCGCGCCGAGCUCGAAGCCACGCUCACCGACCUAACCGCGGACCUCGACGAUCUGGUCGAGAGCGUACGCGCCGUUGAGCAAGACCCCUACCGGUAUGGGCUGGAGAUCGAGGAAGUGGCGCGGCGGCGCAAGCUCGUGGAGGAAGUCGGGGAUGAGAUCGAGAAGAUGAGAGAGGAGCUGCAGCGGGUCGUGACGACGGCGGAGACGGGCGGCGGGAAGGGCGCGGCGGGGCUGCCUAAUCCGGCUGAUUUUGAUGGUGUGCUUUCGCCGUCGGCGGAGGACGGGGGCGAUGAUUACUAUGCUUCGCUGGAGCAGCAGCGGCAGGAGGAGCUGAUGCAUGAGCAGGACGAGCAGUUGGAUGGCGUGUUUCGGACUGUGGGCAAUCUGCGGCAGCAGGCGGAUGAUAUGGGGCGGGAGCUGGAGGAGCAGGCUGUCAUGAUUGAUGAGGUGGAUACGCUGGCCGAUCGGGUUGGGGGCAAGUUGAGUAAUGGGAUGUCGAGGGUGAAGCAUAUUAUUCGGAAGAAUGAAGAUACAAUGUCUUCGUUUUGCAUCGCCGCUCUCAUCUUCGUGCUGAUCCUACUCCUAAUUUUGGUGAUUGCAUUGUGA